UUCCUCUUCAAUUCUCUUCCAACACAAAAACAAACACAAACACAAAAGUACUUUUUUCUCUCUCUCACUUUUAAUUAUAAUAUUCGGUUCAAAACAUGGCAAAAGAAAACCAAACCAAAACUCAAACCCAAGAACCCGGUUCAGUUGAACCCAAUUCUCAACACUUGAGUCUUUUAACUCCUUUUAAAUACUCCAACCGGGUUCAAUUAAAAACACUUUUUCUAGACCGAACCGACGGCGGUUCGGAGUUUAUAGGACAAAGAGUGGUGGUGGGCGGAUGGGUGAAGUCAUCAAAGGAAGUCGAGAAAUCUUCACCACCUCCGCCGGCAUUGACGGCCGACGAUGAUAUAACACCGGCGAAAGACGUGUCAUGUGUAGAGAUUCUUCAGUCUAGGAUUCCUUUGAUUCGUAAUAUAAUGGAAGUUUUGGGUGGAAGCAGUUACGUGUCUCGCAAGAAAUUGCGUGAUUCUCCUAUUCCUAGAACUUUACCUCCCAAAUCUUCCACCGUUUAUCUACUUCUCACUGAUGGUUCAUCUGUUGCCACGCUUCAGGUUGUGGUGGAUUCUUCAAUAACUACACCUAGCCUUCUUUUGCCUACUGGAACCUGUAUCUUAGUUGAAGGUCUGCUAGAACGACCAGCAACUGAGGGGAAACACGCUAUUCAGUUAAAGGCUGACAAAGUUCUUCACAUUGGGACAGUAGAUAUUGGCAAGUAUCCAUUAUCAAAGAAACGAGUUCCACUGGAUGCGUUAAGAGAUUUCUCCCAUUUUCGGCCUCGAACAACUACGGUGGCAACUGUCAUGCGAGUUCGCAGUGCUCUAUCUUUUGCAACCCACUCAUUUUUCAAGGAACAUGCAUUUUUCGACGUGCAAGUACCCACUAUAACAACCACCGACUGCGAAGGAUUUGGCAACAUGUUCCAGGUUACAACUACCGUGAAUCAGAAAGCUGUCAAGGAGAAGCUGAGUACCAUUUAUGAGACUGAAGGUGUUAGCCUUGAAAUUGUGAAGGAAGCUGCCAAAGAGAAAAGCAAACUAGUUGAAACUUUAAAAAGAAGCGAAAGCAAUAGGGAAGCGCUAGCUGCAGCAAUUCAAGAUCUGAAGAAAACUAAUGAACUGGCGUCACAAUUGGAAGUGAGAGAAAAGAAAAAAUUAGGAACUUCAUUAAAGGAUGAAAAAUUAGACACCUCCAAAGAUUUUUUCUCUUCCCAAACUUAUUUGACUGUCUCUGGUCGCUUACAUCUGGAGAGUUAUGCAUGUGCUCUUGGAAAUGUGUAUUCGUUUGGACCUAGAUUUCAUGCAGAUAAAACAGAUUCUGCUAAACAUGCUGCAGAAAUGUGGAUGGUUGAGGCUGAAAUGGCUUUUGCUGAAUUAAAGGACUCCAUGAACUGUGCUAAUGAUUUGUUCAAGUACCUCUGUGAGCGGGUUUUGGAAAAUUGCUCUGAAGAUAUGAAGUUUGUUGCCAAAAGAAUUGACCAUACCUGCAUUGAUCGUCUUCGGCAGAUUAUAUCAGGUUCCCCUGAAAUGAUUUCCUAUGAUGAAGCUUUAGAUGUUUUUAUAAAGGCUGAAGAUGAGAAAUCUAAAACGAAGUUUGAUUCAGGUCUUAAACUCACUUCCGAUCACCUAAGCUAUCUAGUUGAUGCCAUCUACAAAAAACCAGUUAUAAUUCACAGUUAUCCAAAAGAAGCUAAACCGUUCUAUGUUCGUGUUAAUGAUGAUAAAACUGUAGCUGCGUUUGAUUUUGUUGUCCCAAAGGUUGGAACUAUAAUUUCUGGCAGCCAAAACGAGGAGCGGCUUACCGUGAUAAACUCGAGAAUUACUGAGUUGGGUUUGCCGCGAGAGAAGUAUGAAUGGUACUUAGAUCUUUGCCGAAAUGGAACGGUUAAACGAUCUGGGUUCACUCUAAGGUUUGACCUUAUGGUCCUUUUUACAACUGGACUAAGCAAUGUUAGGGAUGUUAUUCCUUUUCCAAGAAGCUAUGACAAGGCCAACAACUAAUUGUAUUUUGGCUAAGAUUCAAGUUGUUCUCUGAGGCUAUAUAUUGCCAUUCCAAUCUUUAUGGCAAGAAGAAAACAUGACCCUGAGAUUCUGUAACAUAAGCAUAUCAAUUGGUUACAUGUAUGCGCAAUGUAUAAUUGUACAUAGGGAAACUUAUGAUUGAAAUUAAAUUAAUACAAGUCUUCUGAAGUUCUUUCUUGUUCAAA